AUGAGGUUCGAUCUGCUGGUCCCCGAGGACGUGAAGGAGUUCGUGUCGGAGCGCCUGGUCCCGGAGUAUGGGCCAAUGAUUGCUGGUGGGCUCUUUGGAGCAGGGUGGUGGUUCUGGGUCGACGCCGUCUGCAGCGUCGACAGCAAGAUCCCGUUCCCGCAGUGGCUACCGGGUUUCGCGGCCACCAUCGCCAUCGUGAUGAUCAACAUGAUGAGCCGCGACGAGUACGAGUACGACGAGGGGACCGAGUGCAGGGCCAAGUCGUGGCUGUUCAUCUCGUACAUCGUGUCCUUCGGCGCGGUGGUCAGCUCCGUCGUCGUGCUCAUCGAGGGCUACGCGAAGAACCCCGACGCCACCUCGUUGUGGCCCGGGGUGGCCGGCAUAUUCCAAACAGUGCUCAUUCUCGCCAGCGGGCUAGUGUUCUUCACCACGCGCGCCCGGUCCCGCGGUGACGCGCCAAUGUCGCUGUGA